AAAUACCCAUCAAUGUAAAAACACUUACUGGAAAGGUCAUCAGAAUAAAUGCCAAACUAACAGACACUAUCGGAAAGGUCAUGGAGAAAAUUAAAGAUAAAGAAGGCAUUGCUGCUGAUGUUCAGAGAUUGAUAUUUGAUGGGAAACAGCUAGAAGAAAACCAUACAUUGUUAGAAUACAGCAUUGGCAAAGGGUCUACUAUACACCUUGUUGUUAGUCGUAAGACAGGUAUGCAGAUCUAUGUGACAAAACCGAAUAAAGAAAAGAUUCUUCUAGAUGUACAGAGAAAUUAUUCUGUUGCAAAAAUCAAAGCCAUGAUAAAAGAUGAGAGUGACAUUUUCGCAGAGAAUUGGUGUUUGCGCUUUGGUAAAGCGAAGCUAGAAGAUGAGAAUAAGACUUUAGCUGACUACAGCAUACUACAUGGUUCUUCCUUAAUUGUUUUCUUACCACGAAAGACAGGUAAAACACAUCAGAAUGUUGAGAGAAAGGGCGUGUCCACAUUAGAAGGACAGGAGUUAGAAACAGGGUGUAACAUUCAGCCAGGAGAGCCACAAACUAAAGGAGCACAAGAUAAACCAUCAGCUCCUAAAGAUUUGACUGUAUGUGACAUCACAUCUGGAUCAUGUAAACCUUGUUGGGGAAAGCCUGAGAAUGAUGGUGGUAGCAGCAUAAUUGAAUACAUUGUCCAGUGGAGAGAAGCAAAUGCUGAGAAAUGGACUGAAUCUACAUGUUCUGCAACUGAAUGCAUGAUAAAAAGUCUGAAAGAAAGCACACAGUACAUAUUCCGUGUGGCUGCUAAAAACAUAAUUGGAACUGGAGAAUUCACUGCACAUAUAGAACUUGAAACCAAAUGGAGUUACAAGUGCAAUGGAAGUAUGAACAUUAAAUCUGGUAAACCAAUGUUCCUUGAGAUGAAGUUUAAAGGUCAGAAACCACACGAAUCGUAUAUUCAUUGUCUGUUCAAUGGCAGUGAACAUCCAAAUAAAAACAGGACAAAUAUUGAAAUAACAGACAGCAAAAUUAUUUUCAAACUUGAAAAUGUUGUUCUGUCAGAUAAGGGAGAGUACAUAUUAACUGCAGAAAACAAAACGGGAAGUGGAGCUGUUAGUGCCAUAUUGUAUGUCAUAGGUGAGUUUACAGAUAUUUUCUGUUUUUACAAAGGAAAGUAAUUUUAAUGAUCUUGAACAAUAUGUAAACAAAUCUGGUCUGACUCAAAUAAUGUUUGGUUAGAACUUUUUUUUUCGUGAAUUAGCAGAUCAAAAUGACUUACUUUUCCUUUUAAAUCUUAAGGGAAUUUACAGUAGUUGUUGCUGGGUUUUAUCCCUAGAGGUUAUUUAUAAAGUCAAAUUGUUGUAGACAGCAACAGACAUUUUGAGUCAAUCAAAUGAAAAUUUUACUUUAGUUUGUAAAAAGUGAGAAGGUCAGUUUCUAUCCAAAGGAAAUUCAAAUGCAAUGAAAACAAAGAUUCCUGUUAAAAAGAAGGCAGAAAGUAAACGAUUUCCAGGGACUACCUUAGCCUGGAAAAUUAGGGAGAAGUGACUUCUCCCUCCUGGGGAAAUAGGGAGGUUUUGAAAAUUUGGGAGAAGUUUGGCAAACGUGAGACAGGACAUUGCUUACAUGCAUUAAAUAACAAUAAUAAUGUUUAUUCAGUUCCAUUUGUAGUAUUAUCUUUUUAUGACAUAAAUAAAAAUGGUGCAAUGUUUCAACAAUACAGUACAUAUUUGCACUGUUUUACUGCAGAAUGUUUGACAACUUGACACAACAGAUCUUUCCUCAUAAAACCAGUACUUAAUAUUUCUUGGAUUUCUUCCUUCCUAGAGCAGCUUUUUCAUGUAUGUGAGCAUUUUGAGUUUAAAAUUUUUAUAUGUAGUUCCUUCAAUUUGACAAACUAAAGAGUUUAAAAAACUCUCAAACUUACAAUGAAAUGUUAUUUGUAUUGAUCCGUAGAUAAAAGACUAAAAAAUCGGGCAAUAUUUUUUAGCUCACCUGUCACAUAGUGACAAGGUGAGCUUUUGUGAUCAUGCAGCGUCCGUCGUCCGUGCGUCCGUCCGUCCGUAAACUUUUGCUUGUGACCACUCUAGAGGUCACAUUUUUUGUGGGAUCUUUAUGAAAGUUGGUCAGAAUGUUCAUCUUGAUGAUAUCUAGGUCAAGUUCGAAACUGGGUCACGUGCCAUCAAAAACUAGGUCAGUAGGUCUAAAAAUAGAAAAACCUUGUGACCUCUCUAGAGGCCAUAUAUUUCAAAAGAUCUUCAUGAAAAUUGGUCAGAAUGUUCACCUUGAUGAUAUCUAGGUUGUGUUCGAAACUGGGUCACGUGCCAUCAAAAACUAGGUCAGUAGGUCUAAAAAUAGAAAAACCUUGUGACCUCUCUAGAGGCCAUAUAUUUCAAUGGAUCUUCAUGAAGAUUGGUCAGAACGUUCAUCUUGAUGAUAUCUAGGUUAAUUUCGAAACUGGGUCACGUGCCAUCAAAAAAAAGGUCAAAUAAUAGAAAAACCUUGUGACCUUUCUAAAGGCCAUAUUUUUCAUGGGAUCUGUAUGAAAGUUGGUCUGAAUGUUCAUCUGGAUGAUAUCUAGGUCAGGUUCGAAACUUGGUCACGUGCGGUCAAAAAGUCUAAAAAUAGAAAAACCUUGUGACCUCUCUAGAAGCCAUAUAUUUCAUGAGAUCUUCAUGACAGUUGGUCAGAAUGUUCACAUUGAUGAUAUCUAGGUCAAGUUCGAAAGUGGGUCACGUGCCCUCAAAAACAAGGUCAGUAGGUCAAAUAAUAGAAAAACCUUGUGACCUCUCUAGAGGCCAUAUUUUUCAUGGGAUCUGUAUGAAAGUUGGUCUGAAUGUUUAUCUUGAUGAUAUAUAGGUCAAGUUUGAAACUGGGUCAACUGCCUUCAAAAACUAGGUCAGUAGGUCUAAAAAUAGAAAAACCUUGUGACCUCUCUAGAGGCCAUACUUUUCAUGGGAUCUGUAUGAAAGUUGGUCUGAAUGUUUAUCUUGAUGAUAUUUAGGUCAGGUUCGAAAGUGGAUCACGUGCCUUCCAAAACUAGGUCAGUAGGUCAAAUAAUGAAAAAACCUUGUGACCUCUCUAAAGGCCAUAUUUUUCAUGGGAUCUGUAUGAAAGUUGGUUUGAAUGUUCAUCUUGAUGAUAUCUAGGUCAAGUUCGAAACAGGGUCAUGUGCGGUCAAAAACUAUGUCAGUAGGUCUAAAAAUAGAAAAACCUUGUGACCUCUCUAGAGGCCAUACUUAUGAAUGGAUCUCCAUAAAAAUUGGUCAGAAUGUUCAUCUUGAUGAUAUCUAGGUCAAGUUCGAAACUGUGUCACGUGCCGUCAAAAAGUAGGUCAGUAGGUCAAAUAAUGAAAAAACGUUGUGACCUCUCUAGAGGCCAUAUUUUUCAUAGGAUCUGUAUGAAAGUUGGUCUGAAUGUUUAUCUUGAUUUAUAGGUCAAGUUUGAAACUGGGUCAACUGCGAUCAAAAACUAGGUCAGUAGGUCUUGAAAUAGAAAAACCUUGUGACCUCUCUAGAGGCCAUACCCUUGAAUGGAUCUUCAUGAAAAUUGGUCAGAAUGUUCACCUUGAUGAUAUCUAGGUCAAGUUUGAAACUGGGUCACGUGCCUUAAAAAACUAGGUCAGUAGGAC